GCCGUCAGCGCCCCGCCCUCUCCACCCCCACCCCCCUUCGGCGUCUGGGCCUCGUCCCCUUCUUUCUGUCUCCCUUUCCUCCCCUGUCAGGUCCCCGACACCGACCCCCCAUUACUCCCGAGGUCUCCUCAUUCUCAGCCCGGGUCUCCAAGCCCGUCCAGCAGAGGGUUUGCCUGCCAGGUCAUCCCCAACUCUGCACCCUCCCACCCACAAGGGCCACCGAAGACCAUGACUAAGACAGAUCCUGCCCCGAUGGCCCCUCCACCCCGGGGGGAGGAGGAAGAAGAGGAGGAAGAGGAUGAACCUGUCCCAGAAGCCCCCAGCCCCACCCAGGAGCGGCGACAGAAGCCUGUUGUGCACCCCUCUGCACCUGCCCCUCUCCCUAAGGACUACGCCUUCACCUUCUUCGAUCCCAAUGAUCCUGCGUGCCAGGAGAUUCUGUUUGACCCCCAGACCACCAUCCCGGAGCUCUUCGCCAUCGUGCGCCAGUGGGUGCCCCAAGUCCAGCACAAGAUAGAUGUCAUCGGCAAUGAGAUUCUGCGCAGAGGCUGCCAUGUGAACGAUCGAGAUGGGCUGACUGACAUGACACUACUCCAUUAUGCGUGCAAGGCCGGUGCCCACGGAGUCGGCGACCCCGCGGCGGCUGUGCGUCUCUCGCAGCAGCUGCUGGCGCUGGGCGCCGAUGUGACCCUGCGCAGCCGCUGGACCAACAUGAACGCGCUUCACUACGCGGCCUAUUUCGACGUGCCCGACCUUGUGCGCGUGCUGCUAAAGGGCGCGCGGCCCCGAGUGGUGAACUCCACCUGCAGUGACUUCAACCACGGCUCAGCCCUGCACAUCGCUGCCUCCAACCUGUGCCUGGGAGCGGCCAAAUGUCUGCUAGAACACGGUGCCAACCCUGCGCUGAGGAAUCGAAAGGGACAGGUGCCCGCUGAGGUGGUCCCAGACCCUAUGGACAUGUCCUUGGACAAAGCAGAAGCGGCGCUGGUGGCUAAGGAGCUGCGAACGCUGCUGGAGGAGGCUGUGCCGCUGUCUUGCGCCCUCCCCAAGGUCACGCUACCCAACUAUGACAACGUCCCAGGCAAUCUCAUGCUCAGUGCACUGGGCCUGCGCCUAGGAGACCGUGUGCUGCUGGAUGGCCAGAAGACAGGCACACUGCGGUUCUGUGGAACCACGGAAUUUGCCAGCGGCCAGUGGGUGGGCGUAGAGCUGGACGAACCUGAGGGCAAGAACGAUGGCAGUGUCGGAGGUGUCCGGUACUUCAUCUGCCCUCCCAAGCAGGGUCUGUUUGCCUCCGUGUCCAAGAUCUCCAAGGCAGUGGAUGCACCCCCCUCUUCUGUCACCUCCACACCCCGCACUCCCCGGAUGGACUUCUCCCGAGUCACUGGCAAAGGCCGAAGGGAACACAAAGGCAAGAAGAAGUCCCCAUCAUCACCGUCUCUGGGCAGCCUGCAGCAGCGUGAAGGGGCCAAGGCAGAAGUUGGAGACCAAGUCCUUGUGGCUGGCCAGAAGCAGGGGAUUGUGCGCUUUUAUGGGAAGACAGACUUUGCUCCUGGUUACUGGUAUGGCAUUGAGCUGGACCAGCCUACAGGCAAGCAUGAUGGCUCUGUCUUUGGUGUCCGAUACUUCACCUGCCCCCCACGGCAUGGGGUCUUUGCGCCGGCAUCCCGCAUUCAGAGGAUUGGUGGAUCUACUGAUCCCCCUGGGGACAGUGUUGGAGCCAAAAAAGUGCAUCAAGUGACAAUGACACAACCUAAACGCACCUUCACCACAGUCCGGACCCCAAAGGACAUUGCAUCAGAGAACUCUAUCUCCAGGUUGCUCUUCUGCUGCUGGUUUCCCUGGAUGCUGAGGGCAGAAAUGCAGUCUUAAAGGCCCUGGACACCAGACAGAGACACAAGAGUCCCCUCUAGCAUCUCCUGACACAAGGAGCUCCCAGUCACCCGAGAUAGAGAUUCCCAGUAACACUUCCAUAAUAGAGACCCCCAUUAGCCAGCCCUCGAUCACUGAGGUCCCAUUAUUAACAGAUCCCCAUGAUAACCCCAAGUACAGACUUCAUGUCACCCAGAAAGAAAUUCCCUGAGUAGCACCUUCAGGUUAGUCCUUGUCCCCAGCCCCUCAGAGCAGACCCCCAAUUAACAGACUUCCACUCACCCCAAAUGAUGGUGAUCCUCUCCACACAAUGCUAUACAACAGGACAUUCUUGAGUCACUCAUCAGUGGGGAUCAUAACCCUACCAUUAACAAAGACCCCUUUCCCUCAUUCCCCUUGAAAUAAACAUAGAUACCAGCUCCGGAGUAGCAGACCAUGUCACUAUCUCUGUAUAACUUCAGUGCUCUCAAGAUGUGACCUCAUGGUCACCGCAAAGCCCUUACUCUCCAGAACCCCAUCAGAGACUCCCUCCAUUAACAAAGACAUUGUUCUUACUGCUCAAGAAGAGACCCACCUUAAUCAGCCCACUGUCACCCCCAAUUUAGACACCAAAAUAGUCCUGGAAGUGCUAAUUACAGGACCCCCAACUCUUCCUACCCUCUGCACCCUCAAGAAACCCCCAGUGCCUUGUAAAAGCUCACCCCACAUGGCCCACAGACCCUGUGCUGGCCAGACUCCCAGAAAAUUCUCUAUUUUUUAAAGUAAUGACUUCCCCUUUGGGGGACCCCAAAUUUGGAGACCCCGUUCUGGGACUCUGGGGAUCCCACGCCCCAGAGUAUAUAUGUCCCCAACUCCCCUGUGCCCUCAAGCCCAACAGCCCCUAGAAGACUCCAAAAUUUGAACUGCCAGGACCUCCAAAUCAUAGAAUCCCCAAAUCCCCAGGGAAUCCCAAAUUUAAAAAUCCCCGACCCCCAGGAAACCCCAAUCAAGAGGUCCCUGUGCUUGGGAUAGAGGAGACUGCAGUCAGGAUGUGAAUUCCAGGCUCCCAGAGAACCUCAAGCCCUUUCACAGGUGCCUGGAGACCCCAAGCAGGAAUCCCCCUUCCUGGAAAUCCGAGGACUUCAGUGCCCACUUAAUGGACCUCAAGAAACCCAAAUCCCAAGAGCCCCUGCCCCAAGGGAACCCCAAAUCUUAAAGCUUCCAUCUCUAAUACAUGGAGGGUCCCCGAGGCCCUGAGGGAACCCCAAGUCUUAGAGCACCCAUUUCAAUCUACGUUUUGGUCACAGGUCUAAGACACUAAAUCUGAGUCACUGGCUCCUCACAGCACUUGGGCCAGAUCAACAGCCUGAGGGAGAACCUGAGGGCCGCGCGGGUCCAGGGCAGACCUGGGGCCCCGACCACCAAGGACAGCUCACGACUGCCCCUUCACUGCAUGUCCCCAAAUUCCGCAUGAUCCUGUCCUCUUAAAUAAAGACGUAUGGCCUCUU